CUCGCAACUAAGUUGGAAAAUAUAUUGAUGGUGCUUACACAACGCAGUCUUUUCCUUCCUAUGUGUUGUGCUGUGGGUGAAACUGCCUCUUGCAUGUUGAUUGGUGUAUGAUCUUGUUAAAUACGACGCUGUGCAUAUGUCAUCGUUACUGAACAGGGCGUUUAAAUCUGGGACCACUUUCCUAAGAGUUAGAUGUUUGAAUUCACACUUGCUAAAGAUACGUUGCUACACAAAACCUCCAGACACACAUGGAGCCCAGCACUUCAAAAAGCCCCCUUUAACGUCUUGUAAGGAUUCUCCUGAUUCCCACAGCCAGGAAAGAGAUGACCAUAGAACUCCUAGAAGAGCUCGACACAAGACCCAACAUCCAUCUGAAAAUGGAGCUCAUGAGAGAAGUAAACAGGAAUCCAGGGGACCCCAUGAUGGUGACCAAGGACCCCAUGAUGAAGGUCACCAAGGACCCCGUGAUGAAAGUCACCAAGGACCUCGUGAUGAAGGUCACCAAGGACCCUGUGAUGAAGGUCACCAAGGACCCCCUGACAAGCACCAUAAAGAUACUUCUAAACAGACUCACUUAUACAAAAUUCUAGGUAUCGAACCUACAGCGAGUCAUGCACAAAUUAAAUCUGCAUACUACAAGAAGUCAAAGAUCUAUCACCCAGAUGUGAACCAAACUGAAGAGGCUGCUGUCAAAUUAAAGGAAGUUCAAGAUGCCUACAAAGUGCUUAGUAAUCCAGCCCAGCGCAAAGUGUAUGAUAGACACAUACCUUAUGAAUUUAGCAGAAAACAAUUGACAGAUGAUGAUUUUACUGAUAUGGAUAGAUAUUUCAUAAAAACAUAUAUUACAAAGCACAGACCGCAGUAUGGAAGAAUUGAGUACUAUAAAUUUAAGGAAAGACAUGCAACCCUGCAAUAUCAGGCUAUGGAGAGAAAUUAUAAAUGUCACUUGAUUCAGAUGGAAUUUGAACGUGAACAGCGUCUUAGAGAAAAGGCAAAGAAGAAUAAUCAAUAUUAUACAAUGACUGAUUUUGUGGAUACAGCACUACCUCCAGCACAAGGUGCUUUUAUUUUAUUGUUCGCUGUGGUUAUUGGUAUGAAAUUGUUUGUAUUUAUCGAGGAGCAGACGGAAAGAAGAAGAAAAAGACAAGAAAGGAGAAAGGCUCGAUUAGCUAAAAGCAAGAACCUGCAAAUUACUGCAAAUAAUAAAUAAAAGUUUGAUUUGAUUUUACAUAUUUUUGUGAAAUUUACACAUUGCAGUACUCCUUGUUAACUGAAAUCUUGAUACAAGUGGCAAAUGCUGAGGAGUAGCAGAUAAUCAUUAAAGCUGUGCUGUUCAAGCACUUUUAAAUUAUCUAGCUAGAUUUAAUUUAUGGUUUUAUUGCAAUAAAAAACCUCUCAGUUGUAAAUGUGA